AUGGCAAAGGCUCCUCAGCAAAGCAGCUUCUUUGCUGGGCUGAGCCUGCAGCACACAGUGACCCCGUGUCAUCUUCGGGGUAUCAGCCUGACCACGGCACGGGAACGUGGCCAGCUCGUCUUCUUUGAAGGACUCAAGGCAGCGGUGGAUGUCAUCUUCCGGACUCCGCGGGAAGAGCCACAGCCCCUGCAGUUUCUCAGGGAGGCCACCGCUGGGAGCCUGCUGCCACUGUAUGAGUUUGUGCAGAAGUCACUGAAGCCGGAGGCCAACGAAGACACUUUGUGGAGGUGGCCAGUGCUGCUGGUGGAUGACCUGAGUGUGCUGCUGAGUCUGGGCGUGGGGGCCGUAUCCGUGCUGGACUUUGUCCACUACUGCAGAGCCACUGUGUGCUGGAAGCUGAAGGGAAACGUCGUGGCCCUUGUGCAUGACCGUGGUGAUGCUGAGGAUGAGGAGAACGCCCUCCUGCUGAACGGCCUCUGUCACCAGAGCCACCUGGUCCUGCGAGCCGAGGGCCUGGCCACUGGCUUCUGCAGGGAGGUGCACGGGCAGCUGAGGAUCCUCUGGAGACUUCCGCAGGCCACAGCCCAGCGGGAUCGGAGCCUCACUUACCAGUACAAGAUACAGGACAAGAACGUGUCCUUUUUUGCCAAAGGCAUGUCCCCUGCUGUUCUGUAGCCUCUCUUAGGGGCUGCUGAAACUGCCCUGGACAAUCUGUUUUCAAAGGUUCAUGAUAAUCAACAACAUAGGAGUGGAUGUAGACGUGGGAAGCCAGGAGGGGCUGGCUUCUCAGAGUAAGCCGGAAAUGGUGCCUUUGUUUCCCGAGUCCUGCUCAGGAAACACCGCUAGGGAUCUGCUAUCCUGGCCCUGCUGAGAUUCAACACUGCAUGUCAAGCCCUGUGGAAAGGACCCUCAGAUCCUGCCAGCCGUUGGCCCAGUUACUUUUGAUAAGUGCUUCUCAGAGCCAGAGUGGG